CCAAAACCAACCAAGACAUCAAGUGCACUCUAGUAUACCGUAGACAGCAGACAGCAGACAGUUAACUUCUUUAGACUCGUUUAAAUUUAAUAUAAUUAUAUUUAACAUUCAUUUUUUAGAUUCACUAAUUUUUAUUGAUCAGUGAUAUUUAUUAUUACAACUAUAAAAACUAUAUUAGUAGUUAUUUUAAUUUAAUUUCAAAGGUAAUUGUUUUAAAUUGUGUAGUACAGUGUGUUUAAUUAUUUAAUUUUAAUAGUAGGAAAAAAUAUAAUUUUGUGGGGACAGAAAUUAUUUUCAUUGUAAAAUUAAGACAAAAUAUACAAGUAUAUACAUAUGGAUAUAUUCAAUUUAGGUUGAUUAACGGAUAUGUAUCAUGUAUAUGCAUUUGGUGCUGUGCAAAAUGCAGCUCAGUAGGUCAAAUUCACGGUUUUUUUUUUUGUUAUUCUUAAUAUAUAAUACAAUAAAUCAAUGAAUAUUAAAAAUUAGCCAUUAAAACAACAAUAUGGGUAACAUCAGCGAUGAAAUUAGACAUUAGACAAAAGUUAGUGCGGAGUCGGAGAUGUUGAUAAUAAAUUCACAAUAAGAUAAUUAAAAAUUCAAAACUCACGUAAUAAAAAGAACGGUCAGUUUUAUAUGUUUGUUGAGUAUUUAGUUAAUAGAAAAAUUGUAGGAUACGAGUAUUGGAAAUCUAAGACGGCCCAGAAAAUAAAUAAUGUAAUGCCUUUUUUAUCUUAAUGGCCUCAGUGCAAGAGCAGUGUAAGAAAUCUGGUACUGGCGGUGCUGGUAAACCGUUAAUAAAGGCGCGUGUAUUUACAGUGUACCGACCGUAUAGACCGUAUAGACAUAUAUAAUAAUAUCAAAACAAAACAGUGUACAGUUGGAGUACAAAUAGAGCUUUGUCACCACCACGACCAUCACCAUCGAUAAUUUUUGUUACUGUAUAACAUUUUACAAAAUACCAAUCUUAUAUUCUGUGAGUGAAGCUACUGUUUGAUUUAUGAAAAAAAAAAAAAACCAAUGGGUAAUUUCUCAUCAUCACAGCGAUGCGAGCCACGUAAAAAAAUUUACUUUUUUAAUUUAAUUAAUAGAACGUGGGAUAGUGUGAGAAAAAUAAAUAGAAAAAACCUAGAAAAAGAAGAAGAAAGAGAAAAAUCUAAAGAAAUUUACCAUGAUAGUACUUUUUCACGAUGCAGCAUCAGCAGCAGCAGUAGUACUAGCAACAGCAGUCGAUGUAAUCAAUGCGUCGAUUUCCAUUACCAAGAUGUUAUUGUUAUCUAUGAUGGUGAAUCAGAAAUGCCACCUAAUGCAGAAGAAGAAAUAUUGGCUGUUAAACCUUGGAGUUUACAACAAGAAAAAGAACGUUUACGUCCACCAACAUAUAAUGCUGAAGAUUAUGCAACAGCAUUAAGAAGAUGGGGCAGACGUCCCAUUACUAAUGAUCAUGAUUCUCAAGGGACAUUACCCUCAACAACGAGUUCAAGUUCCGGUUAUAUAUCAGGAAGUGGUGAAAUGACAUUAAGACAAUUUACAUCUGUUAGCGAACUUGUUAAUAAAUUACGUGCUGAUCUUCGACUCGCAUUUCCAAGCUUUGUGCAAGAAUUUUCAAGCCCACCAGCUGACGGAAUUACUCUACUGUUAGAAACACUAAGGGGGGUCCAACUGGUACAAAGUACACCACCAUCAGCUGGACAAAGUGGACCUCGUGUCGGUACCCGAAGAGCGGCACUUGAUGAACUUGGUUGUGUUGAAUGUUUAGCUGCAUGUGUUGAUAGAUGUGCCGAUGCUCCAAGACUUUUGUCCCAAGCACAACCGGGACUUGUUGCACUCGCAGUCUGUCUUACCAGUAGCUUGAACCGGUCUCGGGUUCUGGCUCUUCAACUAUUGACGAAGGUAUGCCAGAUACCCGGUGGACAUACUGCAGUAUCUGAAGCCGUUUCAACUUUACGAUUACGUUAUGGAGAAGGAGGAAGAUUUAGAUUUCUUGCUGGUGCAUUAUUAGCACCACGAGCUGCAGUUGCUUUAAGAGUUGCUGGAAUUUCAUUUCUUAAUGCAUUUUUAAAGUCUGCUCCCAGUACACAAUCAAGACUUUAUAUUCAGGCUGAAGCAUGCGAAGCUGGUCUUGAGCCUCGUGCUCUUCAACAAUGGUUAUCAAAAGAUGAAAUUCAUCACAGUGAUGAAUUGUUGGGAAAUUUAUUGAAAAAACAAGUAUACAAAUGGUCACAAAAUUGCAUUGAUGUUGACAAUCUUCAAAAACGUUUAGUUCGCGCUGAAGAAACCUGCACAAUUCUUACAAAUAAAAUAACAGUUUUACAAAAUCAACUUGAAAAAUUACAAAUGAAAAAAAGAACAAUAAUUAAUUACGAUGACGGUGAUGAUGAUGAUGAUGAUGAUAAUAUUAACUCUGAAAAAAAUUUUAAAUCUCAUUCAUUAGACAUUGAAGAACUAAAAAGAGUAUCCUCUAACGGUAAAGAUGAAGGUAUAAGUUCUUCUGAACGUUCAAGCAGUCCAGAAAAUUUGCAUCAUCAUCAUCAUCAUCAUCAUCAUUAUCGUCGUUAUAAUAAUAAUAAUAAUAAUAAUAAUGAUAAUGAUGAUAAUAAUCAACAGCUACAGCAACAAAAAUUGACUACAGACAAAACUAUUAUUGACAAUGAUCAAGAAACAACAAUAGACGAUGUAAUAGAAGAAUUACGUAUAAUUGUAAAAGAUGCUGAGGAAGAAGAAGUUCGUAAAGAUGCUGAAAAAAUAACAAUAGAUAAUAAUGAUACAAAAGUUGAUGGAAAAUGUUUAAAAAUAGUUGUACAAGGCCCUGAAGUUGAAGAAGCUAUUGUACCAGCAAUUUUAUACCCACAACCACCGCGAAAAAUUCCACAAUGUUUAUCAACCAUUAUAACUUCUGAUAAUGCUCCUAAUGAUGAAUUUUUAGGAAAUAUAUCAAUAGGUUAUAAUAAUGAUAAUGAUCAAGUUAAAAAAGAUAUAUUUUGUGAUGAAAGUGAUUCAUUAUUGAGUGCAUCACGAUUAAAAUACAUUAAUAACAAUAACAAUGAUAAUAAUGAUGAAAAUAAUUGUGGCCUUUAUUUAAAUAAAAGAGGGGUAACAAUACGCGAAGAAUCUGAAUCUAAAUUAGUAACCAAUAAUAAUAAUAAUGAAAUAUUAAAUAAUGUUGAUGAUACUGAUGAUGAUAAUAAUUUAACUGAACCAUGUAAAUAUUUUGAAACAAGACAAUUUGAAAGUCACCUUAAUAAUAAUAAUAAUAAUAAUCACCAUCACAAUCAACGUUACAUCAAGAGCCAGAUUGAAAAAAAAUUAUUACGACGAUCAGCAAGUCAAAAUUGUUUAGAUAAAAGUAUAACAAAAUCAUCAACGACUAGAAUUGAGGAUCGUAUUAAAAAAUUUGAAAGUAUGAAUUUAUUUGAUACGAGUCUUAAAACAAAUAACAACUUACCGUCGUCACGAAAUAAUUUAAGCAGCAGACGAAUCGAUGAUGGAAAUUAUAAAAAAAUACGUAGAUCAGAGUCAUGUCAUCAGGUAUUAUCGUAUUUCGUACCAAAAGAAAUAAAUAAUAAUAAUAAUCAUAAAAAUCGAGUAGUUGGUAGUGAGAAUCGACUUGAUUAUGUUGACAACUAUUAUGACAACAACAUGAUUUUGAUGCAUCAAACUCUUUCAAGACGUUUUAAACCAUAUAAAAUAGUAAUUCCACCAGUUUCAGAUUCAUUAUCUAAUAUAAAAAAAAAUUCACCUAACUCAAAAUUAACUAAAUCUUUAGACAGAAUCGAUGAAGGUUUAAAUUCAUUAGUCGAUAUUGUUAUUGGAGGCAAUGGAUCAAAAAAACACAAAUCUGUUUCAGCUAUUCAAAAUGUUGGUAAAAGUUUACAUUUAAGAAUAAAUAAUGAUAAUAAUAAAAAUGAAAAUUUAAAUAGAUCACAUGAUAAAGAACUUGCAGUAAAAAGUAACAAUAGAUUAUCAAAAAAAAUAAAUGGAUCAUCAUCAUCAUCAUCAUCAUCGUCAUUGUCAUCAUCAUCGUCGUCGUCGUUGUCAUCAAAGUCAUCAUCUAUAUUGAGAAAUGAUAAAGAAUUAUAUUCAAAGGAAAUAACUAAUCCGAAAAAUUUAGCUAAUAAAUAUCAUUUUAAUAAUUUUGGUAGAGCAUUAAAUUUAAAUAAUGAUAAUUUUAAAAAUGAUUCGUCUAUAAUUUCAUCAUAUGCGUAUAAAAAAUCAUCUGAUAAAUUUUUUGUUAAUGAUUCAAUAAUUUUUUCAACAUCUGGCAAUAAAUCAAAUGGUGGUGCUUUUGGAUUAAAUCAAAAUCGAUUUAAUGCAGGAAAGUAUUCCGGUAAUCAUAAUGCAAUAAAAUUAUCAGAUAAUAUUCAAUCAAGAAAAAAUUCUGUCCCAUCGAUUGUUAACAAUCGUUGCAAGGUUACAGAUAUUAUUUCUGGAUUGUAUUAAAUUUUUAGGCGGAGAAAAAAAAAAAAUAUAUAUAUAUAAGAAAAAUGAAAAUAUUUAUUUUAUUUUUAUUACUUUGAGACUGAGAGUAAGAUGGAUGUCGUGCAAUGAGUAUUAUUGAAAAAAAUAAUAAUAAUAAUUUAAAUAUAUUUAUUAAAAGGUCAUACGUAAUUUUGGUGAGAGGUAUAUACUGUUAAAUAUUUAUAUAUAUAUAUAUGUUAAAUUAUUUAUUUUUAUUGUAAUUAAAUAAUGAUAUACUAUUUAAAAUAUAUAAAUUUAUUGAUAAAAUAUUUAA